ACAGAAUCUGAAGGUGAAGUAGAAAAAGAACCAGAACAUGUACCAACAGAAUCUGAAGGCGAACAACCUGAACAUGUACCAACAGAAGCACCAGAACAAGAACCAGAACAUGUACCAACAGAAUCUGAAGGUGAAGUAGAAAAAGAACCAGAACAUGUACCAACAGAAUCUGAAGGCGAACAACCUGAACAUGUACCAACAGAAGCACCAGAACAAGAACCAGAACAUGUACCAACAGAAUCUGAAGGUGAAGUAGAAAAAGAACCAGAACAUGUACCAACAGAAUCUGAAGGCGAACAACCUGAACAUGUACCUACAGGAUCUGAAGGCGAAGUAGAAAAAGAACCAGAGCAUGUACCAACAGUAACUGAAGGUGAACAAGCUGAACAUGUACCAACAGAAGCACCAGAACAAGAAUCAGAACAUGUACCAACAGAAUCUGAAGGUGAAGUAGAAAAAGAGCCAGAACAUGUACCAACAGAAGCUUCAGAACAUGUACCGACAGAAGCUGUAGAACAAGAACAUGUACUAACUGAAUCUGAACAAGAACAACCAGAACACGUACCAAGCGAAAGUGGAGAACAGCAACCAGAAGGCGAAGAUAAAACAGAGCAUGUUCCAACGGAAUCGACAGUCCAAGAAGCAGAACAUGUUCCAACAGAAGCUGAACAUUUGGUAACGGAACAUAUUCCAACAGACGGUGGAGUGCAUAUCACAGAGAAGCCAGUGGAAGCCGUGGAACAGGAAACUGAGAAAGCAAUUGAGUCGGAGGUUCAUGUAACAGAAGGAAUUCAAAUUGAAGAACAUACAAUGACUGCCGAAGAUCACGUUACCGAAAAACAAAUUACCGAUAUGGAAACAGAAAAACCUAUCCACGAGGAUUACGAUCACACCGAGAAGGUGCAUCAUCCAUCCGAAGAGAAAUAUCCAGCAACCGAAAAGUACCCGACUGAACUCUAUCCUGGAACAACCACAUCAACUACAGCGCAUCCUAGUCACGAACAGAAACCCGAAUUGCCGGACUAUCAAUCGCCAAUCGAGGAUUACGAGGACGAUACGACAUCGUUCGGUCCGGGCACCUGCCGUUACGGUGGAAAAGUUUACGUUUCCGCUCAGCAAAUUCCAAGAGACGAUCCGUGCGAUUUCUGCUUCUGCUUCAGAAGCGACAUCAUCUGCUUACAGCAGAGCUGUCCUCCACCAAUUCCUCGUUGCCACGAAGAACCGAUCAGAGGAUUCUGCUGUCCGAGAUACGAAUGUCCAGUUAACAUGGCAACGACUCUCAAUAUUACCACAACGACCACGACAACAACCACCACCCUACCUCCACAUUUCUUGUCACACGCCUACAAGGGUAAAGCCACCCGUACAGGUUGUCUUGUACAAGGACAAUCAUACAAAGUGGGAGACACCAUUCCAUCAUCAUCGGGACCUUGCCUUCACUGCGUAUGCGGAGGUAAUGGCCAAAUGAAAUGUGAUCCCAAAGUGUGUAGCCCGGAACCGAUGCUCAGGCAAAUAGUCGCCGCAGCUGCGUCCAGGAGGAGAAGAUGAGCCUCAAAGGAGGAUUAGUGACAAUGCACGAGUCAACACUUACUUCAAGUGCGAGUGAUAACAAAGACAAUUUUUAUAAAAUAAUAAUAUAAAGGACUAUUAGUCUUGAACUUAAAUGUUAAGCAUUCUCGGGUGCCAAAAUGAUGAAACUAAGACUAGGUAUAUUGUCGUGCCUUCUAAACGGGGACACCAAACUCAAAACAAUGAAAAAAAAAAAAAUAACGUCUCUUCUCUUUACACUACUAUUACUACUAUUACUAC